UCAAUGUAAACCGGUAUCUGCAGUUCCUUCCUACACCCAGAUAUUUAGAUGUUCUUUCAAGCGUAGAGAGAAUGAGCGAGAUGAAGAAUUAAUGAACCCCCUAAAUUUAACUUCUAACACAACAUUAAUAGACAAUAGACAACGGGCAAUAGGUGCAGGAGUAGGCAAUUCGGCCCUUCGAGCCUGCACCGCCAUUCAAUGUGACCAUGGCUGAUCAUCCCAAUCAGGUUCCUGCCUUCUCUUCAUAUCCCAUGACCGCUGUUUUUAAGAGCCAUAUCAAGCUCUCUCUUGAAAGCAUUCAGAGAACCAGCCUCCACCGCCCUCUGGGGCAGAGAAUUCCACAGACUCACAACUCUCUGUGAGAAAAAGUGUUUCCUCGUCUCUUUUCUCAAUGGCUUACUGGCUUAUUCUUAAACUGUGGAUAAUAAUUUGAUAUGUUUGAGAAAAUAAAGGUGGCGGGGAAGGUGUUAUGGUAAAAAAAAAAAAUCUUCAGACCCCUUGUUGGGUUGGUCCGCAUUCGAGCGCUCCAUCUGCUCGAGUGCAUUAUAAGGUGAGCGUGUACAACUUGUAAAACGCCAAUGAUGGCAGCCAGCCAGCGCCGCUGCUCCGCCCCACAUGUGACGUGCGGCCAGGUGCUGCGCCCAGGUGAAUGGGAGCUUGUGUUUGGCUGCGACCUUUACCCCAUGGUUACCUGUUGCGGGGAGGGCAGGCGGGCAGGUGCAGGGCGCUGCUGCUACUGCUGCUGCCGACAUGGUCUUCCUGCAGGCCGGCUUGGGCCGCUGCGCCUGUGCCUUCUGGCUGGCGGUCGCCUUCGACGCGGUGGGGUUGACGGUGCUGCUGAUCGGGGUGUUCGUCAACGUGUUCUUCUACGACUUCCUGAUCUACGCCGGCUCCAUCGUCAUCUUCCUCAGCCUGGUAUGGUGGAUCUUCUGGUACACGGGCAACAUCGAGGUGCCGCUCGACGAGCUGGAGGACGACGUGGGGCUCAAGAAGGAGGCCAAACUGAGCGGCUUCCUCAGAAGUUUCUCCAGGAGCUUCUCGCGAAGUUUCAGGAACAAGUCGGGCAAUAGGUUGGUCGGCAGCCGGACAAUUGAAACUGCCAGCUCGAUGAGCACAAGGACGAAGGCGAGUUUAAGCACUUUCCCUCCAGCGGACACUCCUCUGCAGACCCUCUCCGCUUCUCUCAGCACCGAGGUGAACUUCAGCGCGCUGGACAAAGCAAGCGGCGCAAGAAACAUAACCAUCUAGUCAGAAUCCAUUACGAGCAUCAAAAGGAAUACAGCACAAGUCUGAAUGGCGACAAUCAAAUAACAUCGAUUUGCUAUUGUUACAGUUCUUUAAGAAGAAGAAUUUCACUGUUCUGCCAAUGUACACUAUAUUUCCUGCCAUUGUUGCUAUUUGUAUUCUAGAGAAUGAAACCUAUUGAACAAUGAACGGUUUUUAAUCAUUGAUCAUUUCACUGGUCUGAAUUGACUGUUUUAAUUGCUGCUUUAAUAAUUAAUGUACAUGUAUUUAUUGGUUCACUUUGGUGAAUUAGAAUUUAGAAUUAAUUUUGUAAUUAUAAGAAAUGUUCUUGUAGAUAUGUUAUUACAAAUGAUCAGAAUUUCUAAUAUGCCAUCCAAUAAAAUUUGAUGCAGGGAACUGAAGGAAGCUUCUCAUCAAAAGAUGUGCAAGAACUGUCCCUUUCAGUGUCAAAUGCUAUCAGGCAUCAGCUCAAGGAGACCCCCCCAUCUCUCAUACACCCCACACACUACCCCCACCCUUCUCACACCCCACCCCUCUUUUGGACCCCACCCCACUCCC